CUCCUCCAUAAAUCUCACCAUCACCACACACCAACCAAACCAAACCAAACACUCACAUUCUACACACAGAGACAAAUCAAGAUGGACAAAACAGUCAAACUUAACCUCUUCUGCUUCCUGUUCUUCUUGUUCUUGUUUCUAUCUACCAUCACUGUUUCCUUAUCCAAAACAACCACCUUAAACACAUCAACCAAAUCAAACCCUUUUUCACCUAAAUCUUCACUAACUCGUUAUUGGAAAACACAAAUCUCCAACAAAGAUCCUAUCCCUAACUUUCUUCUAUCGAAAGCAUCUCCAUUACCACCCUUAGAGUUCUCUUUAUUUACCAAACUAGCCUCCAACAACUCUCUCUCAUCUCACUUAUCCUCCUUCUGCUCUUCAGCCAACUUAUUCUGCUUCUCCGACGCCACCGUACCUAACUCCGGCAACGCUAAGGACUCCAACUUCGCCGUAUACGACGGCAAAGGUUUCUCCAACUACGGCUCCGGCCGCCUUGGCGGGGGCGACACCUUCAAAAACUACUCAGAAAACACCAACUUUGCAUCCAGUGGGUUUACAAAAUAUAGCGGCGGAUCCACCGGCCACCGUGAAGGGUUCAACUCGUAUGCAACCGAUGCUAAUGUGGCUAACUCAAACUUCACUAGCUACGCCGGUGAUGCCACCGGUGGUAACGGUGAGUUUAACUCUUACAUGCCACGUGUCAACGUGCCGGACCUCCGGUUCACGACGUACUCCGGUAACGGGAACAACCACCCGUUGACUUUUAAAAGCUAUGUUGAUGAUACAAACUCCGGUAACCAACAGUUUGUUAACUAUGCAAGAAAUGGGAAUGGGGUUCCGGUAGGGUUUACAAGUUAUGGUGACACGUCAAAUGUGGUGGGGUCUACUUUUUCACAUUAUGGUGAGUUGGCUAAUGGGGGGAAUGAUAGUUUUAAAGCUUAUUCGUCUAAUGCUAAUAACCCUAAAAAUGAGUUUAAGAGUUAUGGUGGUGGUGGUGGGAAUGCCGGGUCGGAUACUUUUGUGAGUUAUCGCGAUAGGGCGAACUCGGGUACCGAUUCAUUUGUGUCGUACGGUAGGAAAGCGAAUUCGGGUAGAUCGGUUUUCGUGAAUUAUGGGAAGUCGUUUAACCCGGGAUCUGAUUCGUUUAGGGAGUAUGGUAAAGGAGCCACGGGUCAACAUACCGGUUUUAGUUCAUACUCUUUGAACACCACGUUCAAAGAGUAUUCUAAAACCGGUGUCUCAUUUGGUCAAUACGCAAAACCGGGGUUGAAAGAGGGUUUGAACAAGGUUAGUGGUAGUUUGGUAAAUAAGUGGAGCGAACCGGUUAAGUUCUUUAGAGAGAAAAUGUUAAAGAAAGGGACGGUUAUGAUGAUGCCCGACAUUGUGGAUAAAAUGCCUAGGCGGUCUUUUCUGCCCCGAGCCAUCACGUCAAAAUUACCGUUUGCCACUGACAAACUGUCUGACGUGAAGGAAGUUUUUCAGGCUCGGGACAACUCUAUUCUAGAGCGAGUGUUAUCCAACACGCUCUCAGAAUGUGAGCGGGCACCGAGCCCGGGUGAGACCAAACGGUGCGUUGGCUCAAUUGAGGACAUGGUUGACUUUGCAGUUUCGGUUUUGGGCCAUGAUGUUGUGGUGAGGACUACGGACAAUGUUAGAGGGUCAAAGAAGGAGGUGAUGAUUGGGGAAGUCAAAGGGGUCAACGGUGGGAAACUCACGAAAUCUGUGUCGUGUCAUCAAAGCUUGUACCCUUACCUAAUGUAUUACUGCCACUCUGUACCGAAGGUUAGGGUCUACGUGGCGGAGAUACUUGACGUGUCAAGUAAGGCAAAGAUAAACACUGGUGUUGCCAUAUGUCAUAUAGACACGUCAUCAUGGAGCCCCGGGCAUGGAGCUUUCAUCGCACUCGGAUCGGGUCCGGGUAAGAUUGAAGUUUGUCAUUGGAUAUUUGAGAAUGACAUGACUUGGACAACUGCUGAUUGAAGACAAGAUUAGUUAUAGUUUUUUUUUUUUUUUUUUGCCAUUCAUAGUAGUAUUGUUGUUUGAGAUUUGAGAACUUCAUUGUCGUGAUGAUUCUAAAUUUGAUGUUCUUUUCAUAUA